AUGGCUCAAUCUAUACCUAACUACAUCAAGAACGUCUUUUUGAUUUCUUUACGUCUUUGUGAGGAGUUAGAAAGGACACUUUGUAUUUCGAAGAAAUACGGAGGGAUGGGGUUCAAAAAAGUGCGAGAUUUCAAUAUAGCGAUGUUGGCCCGACAAGCUUGGAGGCUCAUCAAGUUGGAGAAUAAUCUUAUGGUUCGAAUAUUCAAGGCAAAUUACUUUCCUAAAUCCUCAUUUCUUGAAGCUAGGUUGGGAUAG